AUGUCCUCAUCACUAGUACCAUGCGUGACUCAGACCACUGCGACACUGAUCAUCGGCUCGUCAGAGUCAAGCUCUCAAUUUGAGUCGCCCCAAAACGGCGAAGGCAACAAGCUAGAGGAAGUUUUAAUACUAGGCGUCUGGAGGAUCCAGCGGUGUCAAACGGUGUGGAUAGUGAUGCUGAUGCUAGUAAGGAAGCCGCUGGGGGCAGUGAGCAACAACUUCCCUUACAAGAAGAUAACUGGUGACGUCGUAUUGACUGGCACCGUGGCUGUCACUGUACAGGACAGAAGUCGGGUAGUGUGCGGGGCCGCUUGUACUGUGACCCCGGGAUGCAAGGCGUUUAGUUAUGUGUUUGAAGACCCUAAGUACAGCUGUUCCAUAUUCACCGACGUCACCACCGUCGACUACAACACCGGCCCCAGCAACCAAGCCUACGCCAUGGAGAGUUUUCUCGGCACCUUAUACAACUCGCUCCUGGAGACAACGAGUUAUGCGUUAAACAACAAUAAUAACCUGCUAGUGAAGUGUAAUGCUAACUACGCACUAGGAGCCAUUAUUAAUGGUAGAAAGAUUCAAGACAAGACAGAUAUUUUGAACGCCAUAUGUUUGAAAUUCAAUGGACCGGAGUUCCUACUCAGUGGCUCGGUGGUCAAUGUUCCUACAGGCAUUCAGAGUACCUCCAAGAUGUGCCCGACCAACCAUGUGAUGAUCUCAUUCGAAGGAAAGACUAGUACUGGAACCUACACCUGGAAUGUUCCGGAAACACUGGAAGGCAUGUGUAUGAAGUUAGACGGAUGGAUGGUGAAGGAAGACAUGUGCACAAACCUGGCCCACACUGAAGGCUUUUGGAAUGGACUAAAUUACCCGACGGAUAAUGAAGCACAUUGGAAGGUGUUCUUCAACUGUCCCAUCAACUAUGUGAUUGUACAACUGACACGUGAGUUGGUUAAUGGCAACAAGCUAAUCAACAUGGUACGCUGCUGCCCAGUGAUUCCCGUGUGAAUCCUUCAUCCCACCGACCAGGGAGGUGGCGGUGUAGUGGUGGUCCAGGUUUGGUGAGACGUCGUUGCUGAUACUCAACACCCUCAUGCCACCUCACACUUACCACCUAAAUUCUGACUUUUUCUCACACUUCAACUCGCACUAAAAUCUCACACCUUGACUCCCUCAGAACACAAAAAAGUCGAACCCAAACCUUAAAUACUAAUACUUCUUGGCCAUCUAGUUAAGUUUAUCCUACCAUUACAUGAAAUGAUCCAUGUUUAUUGUCAUAUAUUACAGUACACUGAUCAUUUGAGAGCGUAAAGGUUAUAUUUAGGAAUAAUCAACAGUAUAACUCAGAAUAUACAAGUCCCAGAAAAUGCAAUACACACUGCCUUGUAGAUUUUAGUAAAGAUCAUACGUAAAUGAUUCGAUUUGCAACAGCCACUUUGUCCUCACUUGUUGACGUGCGAGGUCUCCUACCAGUCGUGGGAGUAAUGCAAACAAACAUUAACCAUAACCAACCUGAAGUACCAACACAACAAACAUAUUUAUUUAUUUUUUUUUUUUAAGUUGGAUUGAGAACAGAAUCGACUUCACAAUAUUCCAGAGAACUAUUUAUGUGUUAUUGGUGAAAUAGUACAGUUUACGUCAUGAAAUAGUACUGGUUAAGUCAUGAAAUAAUAGUUUACGUCAUGAAAUAGUACAGGUUACGUCAUGAAAUAGUACAGUUAACGUCAUGAAAUAGUACAGGCUACGUCAUGAAAUAGUACUGGUUACGUCAUGAAAUAGUACACGUUACGUCAUGAAAUAGUACUGGUUAAGUCAUGAAAUAGUAGUUUACGUCAUGAAAUAGUACAGUUAACGUCAUGAAAUAGUACAGGUUACGUUCAUGAAAUAGUACAGUUAACGUCAUGAAAUAGUACAGUUAACGUCAUGAAAUAGUACAGAUUGUGUCAUGAAAACUGAAGUUAGCGUCAGCUGAAGAAGUUAAAUAGAUUGGUGUUAUUACACAGCUCAACUAACUUAAAUAACUAACAACGGGGCUGUAUAUGUUAAUCUAAAUCUACAAAUAUAAAAUAAAGUAUAACUGUAUAUCAUUAAAAUACACUUCCUAUACACAAUACAAUAUACAUAAUACAACAAUGAAGACAAUUAGGACCAGUGAUUUAAAAAUAUAAAGACAAACUAGAUUCAACAGAGAUCAUGGCGACUAAGAGAGAGUUAAAUGCAGCAUAACUUUAU